CAUCACAACUACUUCCACUCUUCCAGUCCAUUUCAUCCUCCUAACUAGCCAACUAGCUUAGUGUAGUAAUAACAUACAAGCAAUCAGUAAUAACAAGUAACAACAACAACAACAACACCAUUUUCAAUUCAUUUGAUCAGGAAUUGAAGACAGGGAGAUAUGGCGGAGAAGAUAAUUCCGAUGAAAGGAGGCGUUGUUGCCGCCGACAAUGAGAGUGGUAGAACCACCAGCAUGCGUACUGCCGAGACGCUGUUCCGGUUGCUGCCUAUGGGUUUGUGCGUAGCUGCUCUUAUUGUCAUGCUCAAGAACUCUCAAACUAAUGAUUUUGGCUCUCUUUCCUACACUAAUCUUGGUGCUUUCAAAUAUCUUGUUCAUGCAAAUGGCAUAUGCGCGGGUUACUCCCUCCUAUCCGCGGUGGUUACAGCCAUUCCUCGUCCUCCCACCAUGUCUAGAGCUUGGACCUUCUUCCUCCUUGACCAGCUAUUGACGUACAUAAUCUUAGCGGCGGGAGCAGUGUCAACUGAAGUAGUGUACUUGGCAUACAAGGGAGACACGGCCAUCACUUGGAGUGCAGCAUGUGGUACCUUUGGAGGGUUUUGCCACAAAGCUACUGUAUCAGUUUCGAUUACUUUUGUUGUAAUGUUAUGUUAUGCUGCUCUUUCUCUUAUCUCAUCAUACAGGUUGUUUAGCCGCUUUGAUCCACCUACUACUCAUUCCGGCAACAAGGCUGCUGAGAUGGAUGUCUUCCAUACUUGAUCGAUCAAUUCGAUCGAUCACAAUUCACAAAGCCAUGGGAGUCGUCAUGGAUGCCUUAGCUUCCAUGACUCCAUCAUCGAUGUUUAUUGUUACUAGUCUUUUGUGUAGCCUUCUAAUGAAGAUGUAAUGGACAUACAUGUAUUGUUGUUGUGUAUUAAUUUGUGUGAUAAUUGAAUGUUUGUGUAGAACUCUUAUGACUAGCUACUUGUUAUUGGAUAAUAUAAGCUGAAGUAGUAUCCCAAA